AUGGUCAAAGCCGAUGGUACAUAUGUGAUUGCUACCAAAUUCGGGCCCUCAGCGGUGACCACUGCGCAGACCAGACUUGACUCGCUCACAACUCUCUCUGCUUCCUCUGCAACCGUGUCUGACAAACCCGACAUGGGUGAGAUUGAGAAAUUCAGUAAGUCGAAGUUGAAGAAAACAGAAACACAGGAGAAAAAUCCAGUGCCUUCAAAAAAAACGAUUGAACAGGAGAAGCAAGCAGGUGAGACGUAA